AUGGUUACGUGCUUGAAUGAUGCCAGGAGUACCGAAUGUCUCGUGAAAACCAACUACGGGCUUAUCCAAGGCAAGCGUUAUGUGACUAAAAACGGUAUCGUGGCCGAUUGCUUCCUUGGCGUGCCCUAUGCGAAACCACCCAUGGGAGAGUUACGCUUCAAGAAACCACAACGUAUGGAGCCGUGGGAAGGAGUGAAAAAAUGCCGUCAAUUUGGAAAUCGCUCUGUUCAAGAAGACAUGUUCUGGGAUAAGGUUACUGUUUCCACCCCACAAAGUGAAGACUGUCUCUAUCUGAACAUUUUCGCUCCACCAAUUGAUCCCACCAAGAGCUAUCCUGUGUUGUUCUAUAUCCAUGGAGGAGGAUUCAUGAUGGAUUCUGCAGUAAAGUACAAGCAAAUCGUCAGUCAAGAAGUAAUCGUCGUGACCAUUCAAUAUCGACUCGGUUAUCUGGGCUUUUUCUGCACAGGUGACGGUGUCGCCAAGGGCAAUUACGGUCUUUGGGACCAACUUGAGGCGAAAUAUCCAUCAUUUUGGAGGCGAUCCAAAUCGGAUUACGGUUUCUGGUCAGAGUGCUGGAACAUUUGGUUGAUUGGCUUUUCCCAAUUUCUUUUUUCCCAGGCAUUUAUCGAUUACUGUCCUUCAGACAUGUUCCAUCGGAAAAUCGUCAUGGGUGGGAGUUCCUUUUGCUACUGGUCAACUACCUCAAAAGAAAAGUGUGCCGAGUAUUGUCGGCAGAAGGCUCUUAAACUUGGCUGGAAACCUCGCCCAGAAGGUAUCUUUUUAGUUUUUCGGCAGGUUCUUGCUGUUGCUUUGCUCGGUAUGCAUAUGAUAGGCAAUGACGUAUUCUUCAACGAGGCCCGCCUCCCGCUGGCGCCCGUGAUUGACGGGGAAAUCCUUCCGAAAGCGAUUUCCGAACUUCGUGCUGAAGCGCCAUCGAUGGACUCGAUCGCAGGUGUCGGCAGACAGGAAUCAUUGCUAUUCAUGGCUCUGGGAGCGGUUAGAGGCACUGGCAAGGACAUGGACAGACUCCUUCAUGAAUUAUCUCGUAAGACCAAACUAAACAUUGCCGAGCUGGAGGAAGUGGUCGCACGGGUUUACGGCGACCUCAAAAAUCUACGUCGCGAUCGAAAAUCUAUGCAAAACGCCUUCGUAACGUGUUUAUCGGAUACCUUUGCCAAUUUUGGUUGCUACCGAUACCUGGAACACAGCCAAAAACACGACAAACCGACAUAUGCCUAUUGUUUCGAUUAUACCAGUAGAGCCAUGUGGGGAUGGUUCCCUAUAAUGAUUCCUUAUAUGACUGGAACACACUGUUCUGAUAUCAUCUAUCUGUUUGAUUGCAACUAUUUCUCGUCACCAUUUACGAUGACGAAAAAAGAUCGAAAGAUCAGCAAAUGGACAAGCACUAGCUUUAUGCAGUUUGUGAAGACAGGUAAUCCCAACAUCCCUGGCCUACCUUUCAACUGGGAGCCUGUUUCAAAAAGCGAUGAGAUACGUAUGUUGAAUAUCAACGAGAAACCAGCAAUGGCUGGCAAGGUCAGUUCACUUUUGAUAUGA